AGAGGAAUCAUCAUCCCGGAAAGGGAAAUGUCACCAAAAUGAGGUGGUGUUUUUGAACAUUCGGCAGAAAACAACAGUGUUGCACACUCGUCUCUGCCUGGGAGGACUACAAGAAGAGCUCCUUGUUUGAAGUCGCAGGUUUUAAAGUGUUGAAACAGUGCUUCUGAGAGGCAUGAAUGACUUUGCAGUUCUCAACACAGGGCGGAAGAUGCCCCUCCUUGGACUGGGAACAUGGAAGAGUGAGCCAGGAAAGGUGAAACAAGCAGUUGUUUGGGCCUUGGAGGCUGGGUAUCGCCACAUCGACUGUGCAACCAUCUAUGGCAACGAGGUCGAGAUUGGUGAAGCCCUGCAGGACACGCUCGGGCCCGGCAAGGCCCUGAGACGAGAGGACGUGUUCAUAACAUCCAAGCUGUGGAACACCCGACAUCACCCAGAGGACGUGGAGCCGGCCCUCCUGAAGACCCUGAAGGACCUGAAGCUGGAGUACCUGGACCUCUACCUCAUCCACUGGCCCUACGCCUUCCAACAAGGGGACGAUCCUUUCCCCAAAAAGGAGGAUGGCACCCUGCUGUAUGACGACAUAGACUACAAGCUGACCUGGGCUGCCAUGGAGAAGUUGGUGGAGAAGGGCCUCGUCAGAUCCAUCGGCCUGUCCAACUUCAGCAGUCGGCAGAUUGACGACGUCCUGUCAGUGGCCAGCAUCAAACCCACUGUUCUACAGGUAGAGGGCCACCCCUACCUGGCCCAGGUAGAGCUGCUGGCCCACUGUCGGGACCGGGGCCUGGUGAUGACGGCCUACAGCCCUCUGGGCUCUCCUGACCGGGCCUGGAAACAUCCAGAUGAACCUGUUCUGCUUCAGGAGCCUGUGAUCGCCGCCCUCGCAGAGAAAUAUAAAAAGUCUCCAGCUCAGAUUAUCCUGAGGUGGCAGACCCAACGAGGAGUGGUAACAAUCCCCAAGAGUGUGACAGAGUCCCGCAUCAAAGAGAACAUUCAGGUGUUUGACUUUACCCUUGAAGCAGAGGAAAUGAAAAGCAUUACAGCGCUGAACAAAGGCUGGCGCUACAUUGUACCAAUGAUAGAGGUGGAAGGAAAGCGCGUUCCCAGGGAUGCAGGACAUCCUCACUACCCUUUCAACGACCCCUACUGACGCCUCACACUACGACCUGAAUCUGUGCCUUCAACAACCCCACGUCACUAAUAAAUGUUCCUGGAUCCUGACAUCAGUUUGUCUUUAGAUCUUGUCAAAUCCUGCACUUAUCAUUAGAACAUUUCAACUUACUGUUGGUGAUGAAGACUGGACAUAUCUGGUAUGACUAUACAUACUGUACGUCUUAUUUUUUAAAUAAACAUUUUGUUACUUCA